AUGGCUGACAGCUCUCCACCACAUGUUGAGGAUUUUCCAUCCCAGAUGAGGAUGACACAAAUACGUGAAAUGCUGAGUAAAGCAGCAAGAAUGAGGAGAACAGACUCAGGGGGUGAUCUUAUGCCAAAUGUAAACAAUUGUCUAGUACUCAGCUAGCAUAUGAAGCCUUGUGAAAGCAUGCUGCCUGUUCAAGCUGGCUUAUUAAGGCCAGAGCCAGGACUAUUGUUACUUUUCCCUGGAAAGGAUGCUAAUUCAUCCCGGCAUAUCCCCAACCCCAGUCCUCCUGUCAUCUUUUCAGGUUGGGGGGGGGAAACAAUUUCAGAAUUAUUCUUCCUAUCAUGAUGUUGCAAAAAAUUGGAAUGUUGCAAUGAUUUAGAUCUCAACUCUUUUUUUUUAGCUUUACCAGAAAUUUUCUUUAGGCAUAGAUGGACAUAUGGAGCUGCAAUUCCACUAUGCUGUGAUAUGCUAUUGGCAGAAGGUUUAACGUUUUUUUUUAUUCAAUUGAAAUGUAGGCUGUUGCCAAAGAAAUCAAACACUUUUACAGUGGAUUGUCAACAAAGGUGAGUUUGUGAUGUAACCGAUGAUUUAAAUUUACUCAUAAGCUGAGAAAUUCUUUUGCUUGAAAACACAGAAGGAAGCAUGUUAUUUUAUCAGCUUUACAAAUUGUAAACUCCAAGGUGAACCAGCUUGGCUGUGUAGGAAUUAUAGCCUUUAAUUAGCAGAGAUUUGUUUUCAUUAGUUAAAUGAUGAGAACCUUUUUCUUUUGAAAGGCUGAGAAACUGGCAUUUUUUUUGGUUUUGGAACGAGAUCUUGGUGUAGACCACAAGGAUGUUCUACAAGUCGCUAACAGCUUGGCAAAUUCUCAGGUAGACUACAAUAUGUUUUAAUGCAAUUUAAACCCAGGUUUUCAAUACUAAUGGUGUGAGGUAUUUGUGCAACUGCCAUGAGUGGUCAGAAUUUAAGUGGAUUGUAUUUCUUUUAUAUUUCCUUGAGAUAUGAAAGGGCAACUUCUGGAGCAGUUUUAAAGAAAUGAAUAACAUUUUUUUCCAAUAGCAAUGUUGAGCCAUUUUUAUCCCUCUUGUAUUAAAUAGUUGGACAAACCACCCUGCUAUUGAAAGAUACAUUGCUUUAAAUGAACCUUGGCCAUAUUUCUACUUUUGAACAGGAUUAAUUGGUCUGAAGCCAUUCUCUCUCUUUAGAAACCUACAAGCUAGUUGUCCAUAUAAUAACAGUUUAUCGUCAAGUAGAAAGGAUUGUAAUUAAAAACUAGUUAUAACUUGGGGCUGUUGUUUGACUUGUCAAAAAAUAAUUAUUGGACUGAACAUUAAAAGAAAGGGCUAGAAGUAAGGAGAUCCUCAAAGUGAAAGGGUUAGAUAACUGGUUAGUCUGAAGAACCUUUGCCUCUGGGCAAAUUUUAAAUUUUACUAAUUGCCAUUUUUCAUGUUUUAUUCAUAGGAAAAUGGACUUCCAGCCAUUUUAAAAGCAGAGGAAAAGUUGCGGCAAGCUCUUGAACCAGCUCAUACCCAAUUACUGUCCCAGAUCAGUAAGCUACCAGGAGGUGUGAAGGACAUUGUUGACAUGAGAGGUGACUUGUUGGUGAGUGGGAGCUGUCUUCAGAAUGGGAAAUGGCCAGUUUCCAUUAAAAAUAUCAUGUUGAUUUUGUUAGUGCCCUUUACUUGCACAGUAGUGUGUUAAAAUAUUCUGACUGUGGCAUUUUACUUGUGCAAAGAAGUAGACAUAAGUAUUUGAUAUAAAUUUCUUGCAAGGAAGGGCUGAAUGAAGAGAAGGAUCGACUUGCCAGACAGGAACUCCAAGCUCUUAGUUCAUCCAUCAAGAAUCUCUUGGCUCAGUGGUUUGCUGUUGGAUUACUGGAUCUCAGACAGGUCACCUGGGAAUCACCUGGUAGUAUUCUAGAAAAGGUGCUUAUUGGCAAGCUGCACAUAAUUCAUACCUUUAACAUAAUUGCCAAGUCAACAGGAGUAUCUCUGUUUCUAAGAUCUCACCUCAUCAUUCUUUCGCAAAAAUUUGAAUGAUUUCAUAUGAGGUUGAGCUUCAAAUCUCCCCAUAUAAACCCAUGUGAGUCCAUGAGUAGGUGACACAAUAUCAUGCUUCCCAGGGGUAAAAAUAACGGCCGGUGACCAGACAAUGUCCGGCCUGAUUGGGGUUUGACCGGUCAAAGUUUCGAUUCAGCGGUCAUGUUGAACAGUCACAUUAAAUGACUGAAAGUCAAACGAAAAAAAGGAAGCUGAACAACAAACAGCAACAAUAACACAACGUAAUAAAAACUAAACGAGAGGCUACGAUAGAACAGUUUUUAAUUUCCUCACAAGUUUAUUUUUAAUUCAAAUGCUAUGCCAAAAAGGCGGUGCGAAGUGUCGCGCCAUUACUCUGCCGAACUCAGGAAUUAGAUCCGACUCACCUAGAAGAUAAUGGCAGUGCGUUUGAAACGAUUCAGUUCCAGGUAGACUGAAUUAAGUUCGGCGUGACUACUCAGCGGGCAGGCCUUUCCAUAACGCUCGACACUUAGGCCGCACAAUAAUGACGCGAUUAGAGUCGGUAGAAUGAUUCAGAAAAAAAGUUUCGUUAACAUAUUAUGGGGCGGGGUUGACAAAAGCCGGUGACAAGUUCGUCUCCAAAAAAGGGUGUCAAACAUUUCCUUAAUUAGUCGAAAUGUACGGAAAAAGUAAGACUAGAGUGUGUAAUCCAUCUUUCAACGAUAUAUUGUCUGAGGAGAAUGAAACAGAAGAUAUAAAAAAGUGCACUUCGAACUAGAAGCUCGAAGAAGCGCUACAGAAAUGACCGAGGUAAACUUUGUUUUGCAGGUCAUUUUGACUGGCGACCGUACCGCUGUAGUAGACCGUACUGUAAUUUUUAGCCCUGCUUCUAUGCUGACAAUUGAACCAAAAAUAAUUAGAAUAGCUGGUGUGUUUUUCAGGGUGGACGGUGAAUUGCGCCGGUAGCUGGCUUUUUUGACAAUCCUGUAAAUGUAGUAAAGGGGAAAUUGUCCCCUAGGGUAGAAUUUCAACCUUACCUUGAGUGAGAGGUUUCAUUUCUUGGUUGGGGUAAAUUGCCUAUGUUGUUCUAUCUUAAGCUUGACGUAUGAUAAGUCGGGAUUCAUUGUUUUGAGCAGGGUCUCAGUGUCCCUGUAAAUUACAAAAUGACUAAUCCUGAAAUUUGUAUUGAAAAGAAACUGUAAUAUUCCUGGUUGUUCGGGAUGUAUGGUGAUGAGGUAACAAUGUUAUGCUUUCUGUAACUCAGGUAUUGCGUUAUGAGGCAGUGCAUUCAAUGUCUGGCUGGGAAGACCUGAAGCGGCGACUUGCUCCUGACAGGAGAUGUUAUAUUUACACACAUCGCUCCAUGCCUGGUGAACCUGUGGUAGUGUUACACACUGCACUGGAAUAUGAAAUUGCUGAUAAUAUACAGGUGGGUUGUCAUUCAGAAAAAGUCUGGAAAAAGCUUUUCAUUCUUAAGGGUACUUCUUGAAAACCCAAAAUUAUUUUGAUAAUGGCCAAGGUGUUACCAUCAACUGAUUUCUGUUCCUUAGUCAGUGUUUUACUGCAGUCUCUCUUUCAAUCCAGGUUAUCUUGAGUGAACCGGAGGUGGAUCGAGACGCGUGUGAAUAUGAAUUAGAGAAAAGAACCGCAGCAGUGUUUUAUUCUAUCACUUCGACACAAAAAGGUGUGAUUUUAGGCAAUGAAGGAUAGGUUUCCCAGAAACAUUGAUACUUUUAUUUUCUGCAUGGGUUAAGGAGUACUCUGGUCUAUGUGUAAUCAAAUCCUUCCACCUCCCACCUUCAAAGAAGAAAUGGAUGCAUGUGCGUAGACCAGGGUUUUUUUUUUUUUUUUUUUUCAAUAAAUAAAUAACUGAAUUUAAAUGGCUACAAGUCCAAAAAAGGCUGAAACACAGCCUUGCACUGUCAUUUAGAUUGAAAGGUAGGAAGGUUAUUGUUGCACAAGCCUUACCUGGUUUACGUAGCAUGAAGCAACUAGAAGUAUUACUGUUUCCCGUGGAUAGGAUGCUAGUCAGUCGCAGUCUACUCCCCAGCUUUUCGUUGGGUUUUCUUGUUCGUUGAUACCGACUUGUAUUCUUGGGUGGAGCGAGGUCGUAUGAUAGCCAAGCGUCGUGCUCAAGAACAUAGCCUUAUGAUCCGGCCAAAGGUCUCUCUCGUCCCGAAUUUCUCUGCCUCUCCAUUACAAUAUGCCACAUUGAUACUCUUGUCAUGACAUUCAGAUUGGCGAUGAAUUUUGCCAAAAUUCUUAUAUCUAGCGUUGUUGACAAGAGCGCCUGGCUUUGUAAGGAAAAACUUUGUUUUAAAUACAGCGGAGGUGUUGGUUAGGAAGUGUUAUCUGUGAUGGACAAAUAUGCGUAAGGAGAUUCAACUAGUGAACAACUGUAAAACGGUUUGGAUGAGUACAGAUAAUUUCUCUUCCCUUUUUGUAGGACUUAGUGGCGUAGAUCUGGGUAAUUUUCUGAUUAAGCACGUCGUGGAAGAGUUACGGCACGAGUUUCCAAACAUCACGCAAUACUCGACACUGUCCCCUAUCCCUGGCUUCAGACAGUGGCUAAAGCUGCAGCUAUCGCACGCCCUGGAACAGCAGGGUAAGAAACGUUACUUAGGAAAUACCAGCUUAAUGGGAGGGGGGGAAAUGUCCCAACUAGGAAGAAAAAUGAAGGAAGGAAUAAGUUUAAUGAAGACUAGGCAUUCAGAAAUUUUUGCCUUUUCUCUGAAUGGAUUUUUCUUCUUUACAGAAGGCAGUGAACACGAGUAAAAGUUUGAAUCUCAGUUGACCAUUUGAAAGCUUGAAAAAGCGAAAACGUAGCCUAUCCGCAGGGUGCGCUAUCAACUAAGCUACCAUCUAAGCUACCAUCUAAGCUACCAUCUAAGCUACCAUCUAAGCUACCAUCUAAGCUACCAUCUAAGCUACAGAGAAUUCGAUGGUGAAUGGGUUCAUAAUUAAAGUAGGUUCAGAUGUAUUCGUCGAGAUUGUUGAUUUUUAUCGUUUUACUUGCUAGCAAAUGACGUUCCCCAAACGCUACUUUUGGAAGAUGAACAGGAAAUUAUCCAAGGCAGCCAUUCAAAUUCGGAAUUGUCUCCGCUCUCCUUGUUUAAGGUUUGUGUAUUCCGUUAUUUAGAUGGCUUCAGCGCCAAACAUAAUUAAAUUUUGAUUUCUUCUCAUUCUAUUAAUCUCGUAGCCUGCUACUUACUGAUAUGGCAAUUAUCAAGCGAUUGAUUUGCAGAGGAGUGCGCAAGGGCAAAACACAUCUGUUUAAGUAUGACGCACCAAUUUAAAAGUUUGUCUUUCGUGUUUUGGAUAGUGACUGAAUGAAAAAUGGCCCAGAAUGCAAGAAUCCAAGUGUUACUGUUUUUACUACUGGUAUUAAAAUGGCUAAUAAAAUUGUUAUUAUUUCUAUUAUUAUUAUUAUUAUUAUUAUUAUUGUUAUCAGUUUCCCACGAGAGAUAUUGUUUUUAAGCACCAGUUUAAAGAGAAGAAAUUUGUUUCGGCAAGCUUCGACGGGAUAUAUUCGAAGUAGUUUUCUUAGUUCGCGUCUUAACAUUUCAAAUUCAGUCUUUCCCAUAUUUCUAUUCUAGAAGGUAUAAAAAUCGUAAUCUGGCAAUGACGGAAGAGAGUUUUGCAGCCCAUUGUCCUCAGGCAUUUUAGAAAGUUAAAGUAGCUUUAAGCUACGGAUAAUCAACUGUCUCUGAAAAAUGCAUUGUUUGUCUGUUGUCAGAACCUUUUAGAAACCAGCGAAUGGCACCUUAACCCAAGUAUAGCUGACUGUCUAAAGAAACCAUUAGUACGCCUCUGUACCAAGUACGUACCGUUAUUAUUUUUAAAUUGUGGGAUAUUUAGGGAUUAUGGUAAUCGGAAGAUGGAACAAGGAGGAAGGUUUCUUGAUGACAUGGGCUGAUUUAUCGCCAACGUUAUCAGUCACCAACCGGUGAUUACUCAGUUUGGAGAUGUGGAUCAAAUUUUAAUUGGGAGUCAUUGAAAUUGUCCGUGGUUGGAUGAAUUUUGCCUUAAUGCGCUGUGUGAUUGGUCCAGAAAAAUCGCGCCACCCUUUCAACCAAUCAGGGCCCAGUUGUUCGAAAGCCGGUUAUCGCUAACCCAGGGUUAAAUUUUAAUCCAGGUUUCUACAUUUCUCUGAUCAAAAGCCGUUUUGGAAUUAUUUUCCCAAUUGUUUUUAGAGCAUUAAAUCAUCAAAUUGUAGAACAGUGGAAUUAAAAUUGAUAUCCUUUUAAAGCUCACAGAUCUGAAAUCAGAUUUCACACUAAUCCUGGGUUAUCUGAACCCAGCUUUGAACAAUUCGGCCCAGAUGUUAACCCUUGGAUCCCCAAGAGUGACUAGCAUCUAAUUUCUCCUUACAAUAUCUCCCCUGAAUCAAACAUUAGGGUCAUGAGAAUAAGGGAAAUGAUCAACUACAGGAGCUCUGGAUUGUUAAGCUAAUUCUCCUUGUCAGCACCAUAGGAAAUGUAUAGAGAACAGUAUGGAGAAUAUGCAUACUGAUAUUAGGGUGUAAAGGGUUAAGCUUGGACCAAUCGUGAUUUGGUCCCUUGCGUUUUCGGGCGCUCCAUUCUCGUUCCCAAGCUCCUCUCUCCUCAUACCUCCAAAAAGUACCCGUGUACAUUCGAAGAGCCCUCUAACACAUUUAUUAAUCAAACUUUUCUCCAUUUCUGAUCUUUCCAGGUAUUUAUACAAAGAGAAAAGGCGAGGAUUUGUCAUGGAUCCAGUUGGUAAGUGAUUCAAGAGAUAUCAGCAAAUUCUUUUCUCUUUUCUAUCCAAGGUUAAUUACACAGAAGGUCCCACUUCAAAGUUUUGCCAAGAGUAUUUCGCUUCGUGUUUUUGCUUUCAUUAAAUUUAUCUUCGAGUGCUGAUAAAGCUCAAUUAUACACAUGAUACGAAAGAAAAGUUAUAAUCAGAAUAUGCGAGACGUAGGAGAUUUCACAAUUUCUCGGCUGUUGAGAUUUUCUCACUUGAAAAACGAUUGUGUUAAAAAUGAUCCUCCAUGAUUGAAGAAGUGAUGAACUCAUUAGGAAAAUACGAACUCUACUGACUUUCCCGAUUCCCCCCAGAAGCCGAAACAAAGACUCAAGUGAGGAAUGAUCGCCCAUUAUCGUAGAAAUUAUGGUAACAUCCACAAAAAUGACAAACUUUUUACUAUUACAAUUUAUCUCUGACCUUUAAGGUUGAUCACUGCCGGGUUUUCUCGAUUUCUCUCCGAAAAUGACAAUUUAACCAUAAAACCCCUGAGACUAACCAUUAUCUUACAGAGGUAUGGAGAAUAUGUAUAUUGAUGUCAAGGCUAAAGAUAUUGUACUGAUGCUAGGUUGGCAAUGUGUGCAUGCUCCUCGCGAGUGAAGUUACGCGCAGAAAUGAGGCGCUAUUUAUUAAAAUAAGUUUAACUGAAAUGUAUUCAUCGUCUCUUCGCCGUCAGGUAAUUUUCAUAUCAGGAAUGGUGCGUGGAUGUGGAGGUUAAACUGGUUGGCGGAUGUGAGCGCACGAGGAAUGGAUAAUUCCUUUGGACUGAUGAUGAACUAUAAAUAUGUCCUAGAAGAUGUGGAUAAGAACAAUCAACAGUAUUUACUGAACGGUACUGUUGCUGCAUCGCCACAGUUUCUGGAGCCAUUGCGGACGUGACAUGGUCAUCUUGACCUUCGAGUGACUUAGAAGUCCCGCGACUAGACCAUCUUAAAACUUACAGAGCAUAUAUGGACAUGGUAAUGGAUGUGCCUGUGGGAAAGCUAACGUGUCACUGGAAACAAGCCAGUAUGAAAUAAGGAAAAAACUAGGGAUUGGCCUGCAUUCUGUCAAUUUAGAGAUACAGAUGGAAAGAGUUCAGAAACCCUUAUGUUGGAAGUCCUUUCACCACAAGCGCGCAUUCAUGACUUGGUUUCAUACAAUAACUAAAUUAUCUUUAAAAGAUUCUUAUGUUUUAAUUUUUAUUUAAAUAGCAAAAUGAGUUUUUUUCAGAUGAGUUAAACAACCAGUCAGGGGUGGCCUGUACAACCUUAUUAUUUUAAAAUACUCGCGAACGAAUUCGAUGUUUACGGGAAAUUUGAGAACGUUGACCGAAAUUCCCUUUUAGUUUUCUUUCUACCCCGUUACUAAACUGAUUUACCUCCAGGAAUACUUGUAUAAUUUUUUGUUUCAUCGAAAUUAAUUCUUUCGCUCGAUCUUUGUGAGAAUUACCUGACGCCUUUUUUAACCAAUUUUUGAGAAACCUUCGGUGAAAGAUUGAGUGGCAUCGCUUCUUACCCACAUCACAUUAUUUCCCGGUAUGAUUAACCAGUGACACUCGAUUUCCCUUACAACCUCCCUUUCAUUCAAAAGGUAGUAUACAAGUCUCCGACAACAGUACUUAAACAUCAUUCAGCAGUCGUACACUAAUUUCACUUCUGUUGGUACAUGAAGUUGCCAUGAAGUGUAGAAGGCCAGCUCUAUAUGACUGAAGGACAAAAAUACUUUUUAACUUUAUUUCAAAUCAGCUGCGCUACCCUAGAAACGGCUUAUAUUUCAAACCCCCCCCCCCUUCAAGAAAGCGAUUCAAAAAAUGAAUGGUAUUGCUUGCUUUCAACCAACUAGACACGGCGCACUUAAAUACAACGAUCAGCCACCUUAACCCUUUAACUCCCAAGAUCCGAUGUUAAUUCUCCCCGCUAGCAGCUACACAUUCCCUUGAAAACUAAUCACAACAAUUUGGUGUUAGAUCUAGAUAAGUUCUACCAGACAGUUCUAAGUAUUAUAAUUACCUCCACUGGAAAAGGUCUGGAUUAUUAUAGGGAGAAUUUACGAGUUUAUCACUUCUGGAUAUUAAAGGG